AUGCGGCUCAGAAGCACGCUGUCAAGCGCUACGUCUGAUCCUAUGGGACUGGAUCUAUUCGAAGUUUUACCUAUCCCUAUGCCGUUUGAAUCGAUGAAACUUCUUCACCAUGGAACCCACUUUCGCCUCUUGACAAGUACAGUUGUGGCUAAAAAUCCUAAUGCCAGCCUAGCUGGACUUGUCACGCACAAUGCAGCCACUUUUAGGUCCUUCUUGCUCAUAGCCGGUAUACAUCAUGUCUGGGCCGGUGGUUCGCUCCAAGCAAUCGAAGAGACGAUGCUUCAUCACAAACUCGAAGCAAUCCGUAUUGUUAAUGGCAUGAUUGGCGAUCCUGUGUUGAGCCAAAGUGAUACAUGUAUAUCUGCAAUGGUUGGCCUGGCCAUGGUUGAGGCUGCGUUGGGCGAUAAAAAGGCUGCAGAAGCUCAUCUAAAAGCUUUGGCCCGGCUAUACGAUGAUCAAAAUCCGGAAGAGGACAGGGCAGCCUGCCUAGUUGCAGCAUCCAAGGACAGAAACGACAGCGAGUCUCAUUAUUUUGUCAACGAGCCGCGCGAGAGUCCAAAGCGGUCUCAUCAUUAUACGCGGCCAACACGACCAGUGUUCAGCGCUGUCCCAUUCCUUAGCCUCCAUCUAUCGCCUUUCUACUACGCAACUCCGCCAGACCUGGAAGCUUGCAACGCCGAUGCCGAAUGUGAGAUUAUUGCAAUAACCUUGCGGCGAUUGUCUAGCUUUGGCUCAGAUCGGAGUGCUCAAAGUGGCGAGGAAAAUAAUGCAGCGUCGUCUCGUCAACAAAAGGCUCGAGACACUCUUCGAGAAGACGUAGAAUCCUACACUGUCUCGUUGAUUUUCAAGCCUGCCAGGCCUACACGAGACAAUAGAAGCGACAGCCAAGCUCGGGUGCAAGUCUCAAGACUGAGUUCACAACUUCGGCGAGAUGAUUUCGAGGAUCUCGAGGAUGCCGACGACCAAUUUGUCACCUUUCUAGAGCACCCCUUUGCUAAUCUCCCGCCUGCCAUCUUCCCAUCCACGUCGCGAGCUUGGGCGUGCGCCGCGUAUCUCUACCUUCACUUGGUUGUAGACUACCUCCCGCAGCAGCAAGAUCAUGCUCAAGAGCCAGUUAAUAUGGACAAACAUCUGUGGCGCUGGCUUAUCAGCAGUUUGCGUCAAGAUCUUGAUCACACAGAAGAAGCGAUGCGCAUCGGAGCCCAGAGCUCAGAGUUGUGGCUAUGGAAAGCCGUGCUUGGCGCUUAUGCAAUGGCCAAGAAUCCUCAAGAGGCAUCUGAUGAAGCCAGUAGCGGCGAUGAGGACGAGAGCGAUGACCAAAAUAGGGCGAAUAGCCCAGGAGGACGAUCAAGUGGACGAUCGAGCCAAGUGUCUUCUUCCAGCGACAUAGCAGACAUGCAAUGGUUUAAUUCAAAGAUACGGGCAUGGAGCGCCGUGGUUCGCACAACAUCAUGGGAUGGCGCAAAGAAGGCCCUGAGCCGUAUCGCAUGGCCUGAAAAGUUUUACGAUGAUGACCGCUUGGCCGAAUUGUGGGAUGAGGCUAUGGAAUCAGUAAAUCCAGAGUGA